AUGGCACAACAAGUUCAGCACGAUCAAGAAACUACUCUAUUAAGAACUUGGAUGGCAGACCACCUUGCUCCUAAACUAGGAAUUCCACCUCCGCAUCCUCAUCCGAUUCCUCCUCCUUCUCAAGUUCCUCAUCCUGGAAAAUCCUCCUCUUCAGAAGGAUCUUCUCCCUCCUUAGCCUCUUAUCUAGUUCCUUUGACGAAUGAAUUGGAUGAACCAUUACACUCUACAUUGUAUUUACUUUCUGAUGACAAGUUUAAGAAUAGGGUCAAAUUAGAUUGGCCCCCUCCAUUUCACGAGGAUGACAGUUGUAUUCAUAUUUUGAGUUUUGUGGCUGUUAAUGGGAUGAGAGGCUCUCGUACACAAAAUGUGUAUUUUGGAACCCUGCUACAGAUAAAUUCAAGAGAUGACUAUAAAGUGAUUCAAAAAUUAGUUUUCUUUGUUGAUGACAACGUAGAUGUGCCAUGUGUGGAACCUAUUGGUUUCUCCCCGAUAUGGGAGAUAUAUAGUCUAAGAAGUAAUUCUUGGAGGAAACUUGAUGUUGACAUGUCUUAUCGUAGGACGUAUGAUGAACUGUACAUGGAUGGAGUUUGUCAUUGGUGGAGUAUAAAUGAUUACGGUAGUCUUAGUAAUGUUGGGCCAUGUUUGUUGUCAUUUGACUUGUGCAAUAAAGUAUUCCUUACAACACCUUUUCCCUCAGACAUGGUUGAUCGUUUUGAUAUUUUACACUUGGUGUUGUUAAAUGGAUCCAUUGCUUUCAUAAUAUAUGACAAAGCAACUACUUUACACAUAAGAAUAUUAGGCGAACAUGGUGUGAAAGAGUCGUGA